UGUACAGAUCUAAAGAAGAAGCAGGAAAAGAAAAAGGAGUUUCUGAAAAAUCAGUGGGGUAACUGUAUAAAACAUAUAUAUUCGAUCAAAGUUCAUUAGCAAUUCAUAUACAGUUCAAUUUCAUAAAUGUAUAGUUCAAAAAAACUAACAAUACUUUUAUAUUGUUACAUUAGACCAAAAACAAAACAGGAUGUUGAUGCAAACAAAAGACCAUGAAGAGAAGUUACAAAAUUGCCGGCUUGUCUAAAAUCCCCAUUCAUGAUUAAAUAUGUGGAUUUGUUCAAAUAUGUUAGUGCAAUGCAAGCACCUUUAUCUGAUUAUGCAUUCAGUGAAGGUCCUAAUGAUGAAGUAUUGUACCAUGAUGGAGAAAAUAGUGUCAACAGGGAAGAAAUGAAGACACUUGGAACAGAUGAAGAGGUCGACAAUGCAGUUAUUGAUGCUUUGGCUCAUAUUCUGAAUACCAAAGGCAAAAAACAUAGCAUUUACUUCUCCACAAUGACAUACUUGAUUGUGUGCACAGACAUGGGUAAAAGUGUGAACACCACAAAAGAAGUAAGACAUGAGAAGUUUGCAGAAAGACUGAACUAUGAAAUGACAAAUAGUGGUAUCACCAACAUAAAAAAAUAUAGGGAAUUCUUUUUUCCUGUUCCUGCAUUUAAGCACUUCUACUUGCUAUGUAUCAACAUAUACAAUGGAACAAUUGAUUUGAUUGACAACAGGAAGCUUCCAAUGAAUGUCAAAGAAUCUACCAAAUAUGAAGAUAAUCCUCAAAAAAUGCUAGAAGCUUUAGCAUAUUUUAUGCGAACAAAAGAUUAUACAGGAAGUGAUAUUGCUAGAGUCUUAAGUUUCAAGACUAAUUUGAUCAAGAUGAAAUGGAGAAGCAAUUUGGAUCAUAAAAAUUGUGGUGUUUAUGUGAUGAAACAUAUGGAAACAUACACAACAGAGCCUUUGGUAGAAUGGAAUUGUGAUUUGAAAGCAAAUAAUGUUGAUCAAAUAAGGAAGCUUAGAGUGCAAUAUUGUUCCGAAAUAAUAUUAAGCCGCACCAAAAAAGAAGGAUAUAGAGUGAAAAUGGCAGCAAGAAGAAGAAUGGAAGAGAAUUAAUAUUUAGGUUUAUUGACAUUUCA